AUGGAAAUUAUACAAGGUAUGACCAACCAUACAACAGUGACUGAAUUUAUUCUCCUGGGCUUCAGGGACCAUCGAGAGCUACAAUGUCUUCUUUUUGUGGUGUUUCUGCUUAUCUAUCUGGUCACUGUGGUUGGAAAUCUUGGCAUGAUUCUAAUAAUCAAGACUGAUUCACGUCUCCACACUCCCAUGUACUUCUUCCUCAGUAACUUGUCCCUGGUUGAUUUCUGCUACUCUUCUGUAAUUGCCCCCAAAAUGCUGGUGAACUUCUGGCUGGAGCACCCAGCCAUUUCAUUCAAUGGAUGUGCCACUCAAUUCUUCUUUUUUGGUUCCUUUGCUGGCAUUGAAGGCUUCCUGUUGGCUGUGAUGGCCUAUGACCGGUAUGUGGCCAUCUGUAAGCCUCUACUCUACGUGGUCACCAUGUCACCGCACAUCAACAUUAUCUUGGUGUUAAUUACAUAUCUUGCAGGAUUUAUAAAUGCUGCCAUCCACACUGGCUUCACCUUCCAGCUGUCUUUCUGCGGCUCAAAUGUCAUCAACCACUUUUUUUGUGACACCCCACCACUCCUUAAACUCUCCUGUUCUGACACACACAUCAAUGAGGUUGUCAUCUUUGCUUUUGCCAGUUUUAAUGAGCUUAGCUGCCUUCUUACUAUUCUCGUUUCUUAUCUCUAUAUCUUGAUUGCCAUCCUGAGGAUCCCGUCUACGGAGGGAAGGCACAAAGCUUUCUCCACCUGUGCUUCCCAUUUGAUGGUGGUCACCCUUUUCUUUGGGACAAUCUUAUUCAUGUAUCUGCGUCCCAGCUCGAGCUACUCAAUGGACCAAGACAAAAUAGUAUCUGUGUUUUAUACAGUGAUUAUUCCCAUGUUAAAUCCUCUCAUUUAUAGUCUGAGGAACAAAGAGGUCCAAACCUCCUUAGGUAAGCUUUUAAAACGAAGCUAA